AUAUCAGAUCUCGCGAGGGUUUAGUUGUAUCGAGACUUGCAGAGAACGCGUCAGAGUAGAUCUACGGAGCAACACUAUUAUUAAUUCUAACAAACACAGCCGUUGACAUGAUGGGAUUCUGUUUUUUACUCCCUCUGUUCGUUUUGCUCCUUCAUGGUGUUUUUGGUGAUGAUGUGGUGAAAGAGAUCGAGGGAGAGACUGUCACUCUAAACACUGAUAUAAUCAAAAAAGAGCAUGACAAGUUGCUGUGGUAUUUUGAAGACACUCGCAUCGCUCUGAUCAAUGGACAUCCCAACACGAGCUGUUUAUAUGAUGGAGAAGACGGGAGAUUCAGAGACAGACUGGAGGUGGACUAUGAGACUGGAUCUCUGAUCAUCACAAACAUCACAACUCAACACGCUGGACGUUAUGAAGCAGAGAUCAUCAGAAGUGAGAGUUCAGGAAAAAGACAAAGUUUAAACAGAAACCGCAAGUGUGAUAGCACAAAAAUCACCAAAAAAAUCAGCAUCAGUCAUGAUGAUAACAUAAAAACGUUCAAGGUGAUCGUCACUGCUGCUCUGUCUGAUCAAGUCACAACUGAAGAAGAGCCCCGUAUGGAGAAGAGGGAGUUUGACUUGGCUGUUUCAGGUUCAGGUCUGUCUUCAGCUGCUGUAGCAGGAAUUGUUGUUGGUGUUAUUGUUGUUCUGCUGCUGCUGACUGUUGUAGCUGCUGUUAUUAAAUAUCGCAGCAGGAGCUCCAGAAAUACAGACAUGGAGAAAAACAAGUAUGAAGGAUUGCCCUUAGAUUAGAAACGAUACUGUACUGAAACCUGACAUCAUUUUAAAUGUCAAAUAAACCUUAACAGAAUCUGUUUUGAAUCUGAUUUGAACUGCAAACAGAGCUGUUCUCUUCUCUAACUUUACCUUCUGUGAUUCAUUAUUACAAAAGUUUGGAAGUAAAAAACUACAGUCAGACAAACAUAUGGAAAAACACACUGCUCAGCUUAAAAAUGUAAAAUAUGUGUCGUUAAGCAUUAUCUCUGUAACGUUUACUGAUCGGUCAAAAUUCUUACAGUCGGUUAACGGCUAAGCGGUUAAAAUGAGCACGCUUAAUCGUAUUUACCCUGUUUUAUUAGCAUUAAAGACAAUUUACAAGCACAUAAUUAUCCUAGGUUAGCUGAGUGACACUAUCUGUAAACUAAGCUAGAGUACAUUUAAAUUUAGAAAUUUAGGAAAAUGUAUCCUGUUUUUAUUCAAAUCAGCAGAUGAGCAUCACAAGAACUUUAACACAGGAGUUAUUAUAAUAAGAUGAAGGAUGGAUGGUUAUUUCACCAAAGCUCAACAGAGCUGUUCCUCUGUGCUAAAUAAAUAAAAAUUUAACAUUUUAAUAGUGGUGGGCUGUUAUCGGCGUUAACGCGAGACUCUUAUCGGGUGAUUAAAAAAAUAUCACCGUUAAUCUAUUCUCAAAGUUGGGUUGGGAGCUGGAUAUAUACAGCCGAAUUGCACUGUAGUGGGCGAGAACGAGUCUUUGCACCUGUGUGUAAGCCUACUGUGAAAUUCGGUGAAAACCGAAUAUUAUAAUUCCCAGGGGACCAAAGUUUUGUAUAAAUGUUACUCAUUACUCAAAAACUGUAUAAUGUUACUCAUUAUUUGAAAUAAUUAGUGAAGAUCAAUGGAUGCCAUUGUGUGAAAUAUAUAUAAUGUAUUACAAGUAACUGCAAUCUGAUUAUGAUGAUUUUAACAUGUAAUAAAAAUAUAAUUACAAGGUAUUUUUAUUUAUUUUUUUAUUUUAUUUUUUUAUAUCUGAUUAUGUAAUCCAUAUUACAUGAAAUAUCAAUCAGAGAAACAUAACAUGUUUUGCAUCACAGGUUCAUUAUGUCUUAUUUUACCUAUAAUAUGUCUUGGUUUUCUUGCCCUUUAUUUUUUAUUUUUUUUUUAUCUUUAUGGAGAAAACUAAUGGAAAAAAUACUUCCAGCACAAAAAUGACUUUUUUUGCUGCAUUAUCACUUUUCUUAAUGCAUGGGAAUAAUUAUAAAUGUAUGUCUACAAAUGAAAAGUCCUCUUCAGAUUUCCUGUUGCAUGUUGUCACUGCUGUUUUAUUAUUGAAUUGUAUUUUAGUGUAUAUUUAUUGCAUUAAAUAAAAAUAAUGCAAAUUCAUGUAGCUAUAAAGAAUUAAGUAUACUUACUAUUAGUAAUAUCACUGUGAUUUGUCUUAAACCAUUAAAAAGCUAAUAUUUAUACUGUGUUUAUAUUUUAAACUGAAUUGCUCAAUAAAUGAUUAAAGCUGCAUCAAUUAAA